AGCAUUACAUAUAUUGUUAGCCUUAGCGGUAUCUGCCUUUCAGAAUCAGUAGAUAUAUAAGGGUGGACUCUGUGACUUGACUGAAACAGAAGAGUUGCAUCUUAUAACUUGUUUCUUUAACUUGCUUCCUAGAAGUGCUACAUUUUAAAAUAUUUCCUGCUUUAACAGGGCGUUUGAAUACGACUACAAAGAAACUGCUAGCUGUUAUACCUUGUAUCCCUUUGUUGGACCGGGCCCUGCAGCGACCUUCAAGAACACACCCAAAAAGUAUAUAAAAACCUCACUCUUUGUAUUUGGUACCAUUUGAAGUUUCAUCAACUGAGAAGAGCGGCCUGCCGAACGUCUCCAUUAGACAAGAGUUCAGGAGCAACAAAUACGUCAGAGGACAUUACAAGCAAGGGCUAAACUCAUAAUUAUUAUCAAGAAAGCUAGAAGUCCAACGUGUUCAUUGAACAUUCAAUAAUGAAAAUUCCUCUAGAAGAGCAAAGUGCACUGGCUGCAGAAAAUGGGAUCAAGCUCCUUGUUGUCCCCAUUCCAAAUUGUCUUCAAGUUCAAGUACCCACACUUACAGAGGAGGAAAAUGAGGAUUUAGAAAAUGUGUCUUCCAUGGAGAGAGGUGAAUGGAAUGGGAAGCUGGAUUUUGUCUUCAGUUGCAUUGGCUAUGCCGUUGGCUUAGGAAACGUAUGGCGAUUUCCCUAUUUGUGUUAUGAAAAUGGAGGAGGUGCUUUCCUCCUUCCAUACCUAAUCUGUUUAGUAUUAUGUGCUAUCCCACUGUUUUUCCUGGAGGUAGCUGUUGGCCAAUACCUUAGCACUGGUGGUAUUGGUAUAUGGAACUUAGUGCCAAUGUUUAAAGGUGUUGGCUUUGCAUCAAUGACAAUCGUAUGUCUGUACAACAUCUACUUUGUGGUUGUGAUAGCUUGGACUCUGUUUUAUCUGGUUUCAUCAUUUACAUCAGAUCUUCCAUGGAAAGGUUGUGGUAGACCUUGGAACACUGCUAACUGUUUUGAUCCUGAGUUUGGCAAUGUUUCUGUUGCUAAUGUUUCUAUGGGUAAUUCUUCCUCACCUAUUAAAGAGUUUUGGGAGCAUCAUGUUCUUGGUAUUAGUUCUGGAAUUGAUGAACCAGGAAACUUGCGUAUGGAACUGUCAUUAUAUUUGCUUCUUGGCUGGGUGAUGAUUUAUUUGGUUAUUUGGAAAGGGCUUCAUAACAGUGGGAAGGCAAGUGUAUACUGCUUUUUUAAAAUUUCAUUCCAAUCUUAUAGUUUCUUACUAAAUAUUAAAGUAUAGCUGUUAAGAAUAACAGUUAUAGUAUCUUUACAAAAGUUUUUCCUUUGUUUGAACUUGACCAGUAUGAUACUUUUCAGAUAUAAUUAAUUAAUCUUAGUUUCAAAUAUUUUAGGGGCUUACUUCAUUGGUUUGGCUUAUCUUUGAAAUUAAAGUAUUAUUACCAAACUUCACCUAACUAUGAGUGUUAAUCUACAAUUUCAAAAUUCUGUUUUAAAAUGUGCAUUUAUUCAUGUUGCUCAAUUUCUUUGAAAGCUGAGUUUGUAUGGUUAUGGUGUCUGUGUUUUGCUGAUUGAUGACUUUUAUUAUUACAGGGAAAAGCAGGUUUUGUUUGAGAUAUAUUUACAGAACCACUAAGAUAUUUAAGCCUUUCCUAAAAGAAACAACUCAAAUAUCUAUAAAGGAAGGAAAAAUAUGCUUUCUUAGACAUUUUG